AGGCGAGGCUGGAGAUGCCCCGUCAGCGGCACUUACAGUAACAAGGACCUGCCCAGGCUGCGGUGAUUACGGUAACGGGGUCGGCCCUUUCGGCCGCACUUACGGUACACGCGCCGCCGGGGCAGCGGCAUUUACGGUAAGGGGGGCCGGGCUCGGGGGCAGCCGUCGGCGGCCGGCUCCGGCGCUGUCAGGUGAUCUGCAGCCGGGCGGCGGCCGCCCCUGCGCCCGGCGGACAAUGCAAAAUGGCCCUCCCGGGCCGUGAGGGGCCGCGGUCCUCGGCCCGGGACCCCCGCGCCCGUGCCCUGGACCCAGGUGCAGCCCCCUCCAGCCCCCGAGCCGAGCGCCCGGCCUGAGCCCCGCGCCCACAUGGGUCUGUGCUACAGUCUGCGGCCGCUGCUCUUCGGGGACCCGGAGGACGCCCCGCCCGGCCCGGCCCCGGCCCCGGCCCUGGCGGCAGAGGGAGCCGUGGCCCGGACCACACCCCCUCGGGGCGCCGGCGGGGGCCCGGCAGGCGCGCGGCCCCAAGCCACCCCGAAGAAGGAGUGGAGGCGGCGCCCGGACCCGCUGCGCGCCGAGGAGCGCGAAGCCGAGCGGGAGGCGAGGAAAGUCAGCAGGAGCAUCGACCGCAUGCUCCGCGAGCAGAAGCGGGACCUGCAGCAGACGCACCGGCUGCUGCUGCUGGGGGCUGGUGAGUCUGGGAAAAGCACUAUUGUCAAACAAAUGAGGAUCCUGCACGUCAAUGGAUUUAAUCCCGAGGAAAAGAAGCAGAAAAUCCUGGACAUCCGGAAAAAUGUUAAAGAUGCUAUCGUGACAAUUAUUUCAGCGAUGAGUACUAUAAUACCUCCAGUUCCACUGGCCAACCCAGAAAAUCAAUUUCGAUCAGACUACAUCAAGAGUAUAGCCCCUAUCACUGACUUUGAAUAUUCCCAGGAGUUCUUUGAUCAUGUGAAGAAACUUUGGGACGAUGAAGGCGUGAAGGCGUGCUUCGAGAGGUCGAACGAAUACCAACUGAUCGACUGCGCACAAUACUUCCUGGAGAGAAUCGACAGCGUCAGCCUGGUGGACUACACCCCCACAGACCAGGACCUUCUCAGAUGCAGAGUUCUGACAUCAGGGAUUUUUGAGACCCGAUUCCAAGUGGACAAAGUGAACUUUCACAUGUUUGAUGUCGGUGGCCAGAGGGACGAGAGAAGAAAAUGGAUCCAGUGCUUUAACGACGUCACCGCCAUCAUCUACGUGGCAGCCUGCAGUAGCUACAACAUGGUGAUUCGGGAAGAUAACAACACCAACAGGCUGAGAGAGUCCCUGGACCUUUUCGAAAGCAUCUGGAACAACAGGUGGUUGCGGACCAUUUCUAUCAUCUUGUUCUUGAACAAACAAGAUAUGCUGGCAGAGAAAGUCUUGGCAGGGAAGUCAAAAAUUGAGGAUUAUUUCCCAGAGUAUGCAAAUUACACUGUUCCUGAGGAUGCGACACCAGAUGCGGGAGAAGAUCCCAAAGUUACAAGAGCCAAGUUCUUUAUAAGGGAUCUGUUUUUGAGGAUCAGCACAGCGACCGGGGACGGCAAGCACUACUGCUACCCGCACUUCACCUGCGCGGUGGACACGGAGAACAUCCGCAGGGUCUUCAACGACUGCCGCGACAUCAUCCAGAGGAUGCACCUCAAGCAGUACGAACUCUUGUGAGACGUGGGGUGGGCCGCCUCCUGGCGCCCUCUCCCCCCACCCUCCCAUCCACAGCCCCUUCCCAGACUGCCCGCCAGCCCCAAGCCCAGUGUCUGUCCUGCUCCGUGUCGGCUCCCGGGCGUGACCACCAAGCCUCUGGCUACCUCUGUUCCCCUCAGGUUUGGUUUGAAGCUGUUGUUUUCAUUGACCAUGACGUUCCCCACCCUCCCCAGUUUGUGUCACUGCCAACCAUCCGCUCUCACUUGGGUGACACUGCAGUGAGAUCUCUCUAGGUGGGGCCCCUUCUAUUCAUCUAGUCAGUGAUUGAUUGAUUCAUUCAUUCAUUAAAAUCUUGAGAGAUGGCAGAGAAGCGCCCUUCCCCCUCACCCCCCCCCCUCCCCGCGCCCCAGUUACCCAGCAGGACUGUGAGAUGCGGGGCGCCACAGCUCCCCGAUUCUAGCUCUAUGAAGCUGCAGGCGGACAAGUGGCCACCGCUUCUGAUCUGCAUUAGCCCAAGACUCAGGAGGCCCUAGGCCACAGAGUGGCAAGAACACCUUUUCUCAGUCAUAUUUUGAGACUCUGCUAGCCUCAGGCAUUUGAAUUAGAGCUACUUUGAGCCUUUGCUUUUUAGGCAGAAAACCUACCACCUUCACUACUGCGAAGCGUGUCCCGUCUGAAAAUGAUUCUCUAGACCAGUGGUUCUCAACCUUCCUAAUGCCACGACCCUUUAAUGUAGUUCCUCAUGUUGUGGUGACCCCCAAUUUCAUUGUUACAAAUUGAACAUAAUUAAAGCAUAGUGAUUCAUCACAAA